AUGAGGCUGUCCCUGUGUCUUCUCUUGGUCAUCCUGGCUGUUCAUUGCUAUGAGGCUGAUGCUGCAAUGGUCUGUCCAGCAGUUAUUAAAGAAAGCGGUAUAUUCGUAACUGGGAGUGAGGAAACCUUGAGGAAGGAACUUGAGAAAUAUGAUGCACCUCCCGAGGCUGUUGAAGCAAAACUGGAAGUGAAGCGAUGUGUAGACAGCAAGUUGAGCACUUUAGAGAAAGCAGAAAUAGCAAAAGUUUUGGGCAGAGAUGUCCUAGAAGCCAUGGACACCGUACAGGCCACAAAUCCUGUACAGCACAUACUUAGGGAGCAAGGCCAGGAAAAGGGAUUGGGAAGAUUUACAAGUGACCCCCUGCCCAUGUUGGAUAAACCUUUGGUGCAGAGGGCCCCUGGAAAUGGGAGAGAAUUGGGUUAUUUUUAA